AAGCGAGAACUCUCGUGAUUCACUUUAGUUGAGUGUUAAGUGAUAGAGACCGACUGAGAGCUUUAUAGUCAGCGGGCCUAUAUAUUGAAGCAGAGAAUGCAAAAGCAGAACAGGCAGAGAAAGACAGUGGUGUGACGUAAACGACUGACUACCUUUCCAAACAAAUAUCAAAAUCAGCUGUGUGGCAGUCUUUGUUCGUGUUCGUUUUGGCAGCUGAAAGAGUCUCUCCUUUGUGGCGUCAAUUGAGCAGCGUUCGCGGAGCGCAGUUCUCACGUGUCAAACAUUUAAAACGCACGCUGCGGCCUUCGGAGCAGGAAGAAAGCAGGGCUAGAGAUUUUUUCUGCCUGCGACCGUGGCUGCGUCAGCGUAAUUCAGCCCCAACUCUAGUCCCCCAAAGCCAUCCUCGGGAUAAUAAUCGUGUGAAAAACGGGGCGAUACGCGCAUAAGCCUGGCCUCGAGCGGCGAGUCGGACGACGGUGGACUCGCUCCGCCACCGCGCAAAAGGUCCCGUAGUUCUAUCCCGACUACUCCACGGCCAGCGGACGAGCACCACACCAACGCAGACAUGGAGAACUAUCGAGUGAUGCAGCAAACCUCUAAUGGUGGACCUGUUUCUUCCAGUCCUCAGCAAAAUGGUGGGACAUCAGAUUCUGGUGGACCUCAGACAAAUGGCAAUAUAUCUACAGAAACGGACAACGAUGUAAAUGGGCUCAACGGUGAAGCGAGCCCUUCCUUAGGACUACCGAAAGUCAUGGACAAAACAAACCAAGACAUUGUGCGUCUUAUUGGGCAACAUUUAAAAACAGUUGGUCUUGACCGAACCGCGGAUUUGCUAAUGCAAGAAUCAGGUUGUCGUUUGGAUCAUCCAGCAGCCGCGAAAUUUCGGCAACAUGUUAUGGAUGGAGAUUGGAAUAAGGCCGAUCAUGAUCUCAACGAACUUAAGUCUUUUUUGAAUGGUGCUAGCCAAAGUCUAGUCGAAAUGAAGUUUUUGCUGUUGGAACAAAAGUAUCUGGAAUACCUUGAAGAGGGUCUGGUAUUAGAAGCAUUACAAGUUCUUAGAAAUGAACUAACACCUUUAGGGCAUAAUACUGGUCGCGUUCAUCAGCUAUCAGCUUUCAUGAUGUGCAGUGAUCGCGAUGAACUACAGACACGAGCGGGAUGGGACGGCAAAGGUUCAGCUUCAAGGGCUGCUUUGAUGGAUAGGUUACAAAGGUAUCUUCCUCCUUCAAUUAUGCUACCUCCUCGUCGCCUUCAUUCUCUUCUCUGUCAAGCUGUAGAAAUGCAAAAUCAACAGUGUACAUACCACGUCACACAUUGUCAGUCGGGUUUAGAAAGUGCAUCGUUGUUAGUGGACCAUAGUUGCAGCAAAGAAGAAUUUCCUUGUCAUACCACACAAAUUCUUAACGACCAUUGUGAUGAAGUAUGGUACUGUAAAUUUUCACCUGAUGGUCUUAAACUGGCGACGGGCUCCAAGGACAUGACAGUUAUUAUUUGGGACGUUGAUCCAGAAACUUUAAAGGUGACGCACAGAAAAACGUUAGAAGGUCAUACAUAUGGAGUAGCGUUAAUAGCUUGGAGCCCAGACAGUAGUCAUCUUAUAGCUUGCGGACCCGAGGAUUGUCCAGAGUUGUGGCUUUGGAGUAUUGACACUCCAGACUGUGAUCUUCGAGUAAAAUUAACGCAAAGCACCGAAGAUUCCCUUACAGCCUGCGCUUGGCAUCGUGAUUCCAAUAAGUUUGUUACAGGAGGAAUGCGCGGUCAAUUUUAUCACUGCGAUAUGGAUGGAAACGUCUUGGAUUCAUGGGAAGGAGUACGAGUUAAAGGUCUGUGGUGUAGAAGUGACGGUAAAACUGUUCUUGCUGCUGAUUCCCACCAUCGCAUUAGAGCCUAUAAUUUUGAUGAAUUGUGCGAUUUUACGAUAUUGCAAGAAGACCAUCCUGUGAUGUCUUUUAGUGUUAACAAGGCCGAUCGACAAGCUCUACUUAAUGUAGCUAAUCAAGGAGUGCACCUUUGGGAUUUACAGGACAGAUGCUUAAUUAGACGUUUUCGGGGAGUAACUCAAGGUCACUUUACUAUUCACAGUUGCUUUGGAGGCGUCAAUCAGGAUUUUAUCGCAUCUGGAAGUGAAGAUAAUAAAGUGUACGUGUGGCACAUAAGACGAGAAUCUCCAAUUGCUACACUUACAGGACAUAGCAGAACUGUAAAUUGUGUCUCUUGGAAUCCAGUCUAUCAUCAAAUGAUGGCGUCAGUAUCUGACGAUUGCACAGUGCGGAUAUGGGGUCCACGAUCUGCUUCACCAGAGAGAACAGAUAAUGCUGUACCAGAGAGCAAUUCAUCAAAUGGUAGUGGAUGGAAUGAGAUGGUGUCGUAGCAAACUUGUGUUAAUCCAUCCGCCCACAACUCCAUGGUGUUCAAAAGGCUGUCGUGUUGACUGUUGCGCUGACUUUCUUCUGACAUCGCUUAAGAACAGUUCGCAUUACGUGAGUUACCAGCUUCGAAUUAUCGAGCACCGUCUGUGGCAAAAGUUUGUUUUUUCAACAAACGAAUUAUCAAGCGGAAUUGUGUAAUAAGAGUAUAUCUGAGUGGGUCUUUUUUCUGUACACCAAAUUUGUGAAUUAUUAGUUUAAAAAAGGAAAAGAGAUUUUUUGAGAAAGCCAUAGAAGGUGGUAACAAAAGAAGACGAAACCACGACGAAGAACGAUUUUGCGAAGACUUUCACAACAGCGAUAUUUUUAAAAAACUAUUUACCGGUGGUAUUUAGUUUCACAAGAACGAAUGCAGUAAGUAGCUUAAAACGAUAUAGAAUCCAAACAUCGAUCAUUUGAAGUUGACAAAUCUAACAAAGUUCUUGAAGGGAAAAAAGGAAAAUUAAAGUAAAGAGAAAGUAAUUUUCUCCUCAACAAAUUCCUAGCAAUCUUAAAAGUUUUCGAGAGUUUAAAGAAAGUUGAAUAGAGUGUCGACGUAUCUUUAGCCAUGAAUAUCGAAUGCCGUUAACUGAACAAGAAUUACAUUCAAUAUCGUCAAUAGUUAUUAUUUGCUCAUAAACUGUAAAAAUGAGGAGAAAGAAUCAAGAUUCGCAGGGAUUGCGCUUGCGCAUUCCUCAUGGUAAAUAUUAAUUAUCGUGAUAGUCAAGGAACAUUAAUAUUUAAAAAAUGGGCAACCUUUAACGAUUUCUAGCUCGAAAAAGAUAACGCGAAGACUCUAAAGAAAAUUUUAUUUAUAUUUAAUUAAUCGAGUGAUUUCAUAGUGUAGACACACGUUAACAUUGGAUAGGCUAAAAAUCGUUAGCUUUAUCUUAUUAACUGCCAAUUUUCUUUUUUCUUUGACGUAUUAUUAAAAGCUGUUCUCUCUCAUGUACAAAUCAUUGACUGAUUUGUAUUUAUUCAUUUACGUCGAAAAUGAAACGGAAAGAAAAUAUCACAGCGCAGCUUAUCAAAUAAGUCCUUCUAAAUAAAUUUCAAAGUUUAUGGUUUAAUUUGGAAUUAUAAAAAAAUAAAUACCUGCUAAGAAAAACAAUAUUUAUAUUUUUCGAAUUCUUUCCUAUCGUUCCAUGGAAUUUCAAUUGAAUUUACUUAUUUCAGAUAUAUUUUUUUUCUAUUAAUGAUAUUUAUUUUCGAAUCGUGACAGAUGGGCAGUUAAUGGGACGAAUAUUAAGCUCAUGAGAUAAUCAUAUGUAAAAGGCUUGUAAUGCGCCGAGAGCAGUAAAAUAUAUAUGUACAGAAGACUUUUCAAUAAACUAUAUAUGAAAUACA